GAAAGAGAAAACCAUCACAUAUAUUCUCAUGGAAUAUAUACUAGGAAAGUCGCUAGUAGAUUUGAGGGACGAAAUUGAUCAGACACGCAAGACAUCAAUUGCCCGUACACUUCGCUCAUAUUUCGAUCAGCUCCCACAAUUGUAGCACCCCGGAUACUUUGGCACAAUCCACGGUGGUCCACCAAUGCAAGACGACGUUACAGAGCCAUUCCAAACCGAAAAAGAGUUCGUCGAUGCUAUCAUUCGAUGAUACGCAAAUGAGCUUGGCCCAAGAGGAGCUCACAAGGUUCGGUACUACCAACGGGUUUUCCCAACCAUCUUCGACGGUGAUGAUAGUCCCGUAUUCUCACAUAGCGACCUCCAAAGGAAGAACAUUAUGGUAUCGGACGAUGUUUAUUCCCAUUAAUUUCACAGUAACCUAUGGUGGACAUGUCGGCCUGUCAAAUAAGAUGGCUGGGUACCUGGUCUCAAUCUCUAAUGCAUCAAGGUGAGUCUUAUCCACCUGCCAUGGAGGUAUUGGCUUCAAAUGUCUAUCAACACGAAGUUGACUGCAAUAGUGGAAUCGGGCGUAUCCUGCCGGGAUGUAUAGCAGAUAAAUUUGGCAGCUUCAACGUGUCAAUAGCAGCCGCAACUCUUUCAACGAUCUUCAUGCUGGCAUUGUGGACAGCUAUCAGCCCUGCAUUGGUAGCGCACUUUUCGGACCUCAAAGAGAUAGGCACCCGUUCUGGGACCAUGUACGCGUUCAUGUAUGUGGCUGCCCUCACUGUCCGCCCAAUUGGGGGGGGGGGG